GGAGAUUGAAGAACAGAGUGAAGUGGAGGAGAAAUAUCAUGUCAGACCUGAAGAAAAACCUUUGAGUUGUUCAAAGACUAAAACGACAUUUUCAAAGAAAACAGGAGCAAAGAAAUCUUUCACCUGCACUCAGUGUGGAAAAAGUUUUACAUACAAAUGUCAUUUUGAGCGUCACAUGAGAGUUCAUGCUGAAGAGAAGCCGUUCACAUGUGAUCAGUGUGGAAAGAGCUUCAUUAAAAAACAACGUUUGAAUAUUCACAUGAGAGUUCAUACAGGAGAGAAGCCGUUCACAUGUGAUCAAUGUGGGAAAAGUUUCUCACAAAAAGUACAUCUUACUGGUCACAUGACAGCUCACACAGGAGAGAAGCCACACACAUGUGAUCAAUGUGGGAAGAGGUUCUGUCUAACAUCAACCCUUAAAAAACACAUGAUGAUCCACACCGGAGAGAAGCCAUUCAUUUGUCAUCAAUGUGGGAAGAGAUUCCGUCAAUCAUCAAGCCUUAAAAAACACAUUAAGAUCCACACUGGAGAGAAACCAUUCAAAUGUGAUCAAUGCGGCAAAACAUUUAUUAGGGAAUCAACCUUAAAGAAACACCUGACAGUUCAUAUGAAGGAGAAGCCACAUUCAUGUUCUGUGUGUGGAAAGAGUUUUUCACUGUUACAAUAUUUACAUGUGCAUCAGAAAGUUCACAGUGCUGUAAGAGAUCAUGUGUGCUUUGAGUGUGAGAAGACGUUUGUUACAGCAAGCAAUUUAAAAAAGCAUCAGAGAAUUCACACUGGAGAAAAACCUUACAAGUGUUCACACUGUGACAUGAGAUUCAGUUAUUCAUCAUAUCUGAAAACACAUGAGAAGAUCCAUACUGGAGAAAAACCUUACAAGUGUUCAGUGUGACAUGAGAUUCAGUUAUUCAUCAUUUCUGAAAACACAUGAGAAGAUCCACACUGGAGAGAAACCUUACAUUGAUAAAGACAGUGCCUAUUUUAAAAAAUUUCUGAUGUUUUGGAGUUCGCUCAGCGCUCAUGUACCCCGCAGAGAACAGCCUUACCUCAGCUAGUCCUUCUGGCAUUUGCCACUGACUCUGUAGUGGUUAAACAUGAAAUAUAAUUCAUCUUUUGCAUAUUUAACAGGUGAUCUUUGGUCUCAUGAGUCUAUAUUUUGUUACCUGCCAAAUCAUUUUGGCUGAGGGCUUUAUAUAUUU